ACGGUACUGUAUGUCAAAAAUAACAUAAGAAGGUGAUGGAUCAACUUUCUCCUUAUUAACAAGUUGAACUGGGCUGGCACAGAAGUCCCUUUGGUGCCCCCACAAACAAUCAGAAAUCACAUUAAUCCUUAACUUUAUCAACCACAUUGCUAAAAUAAUAAGGAUUUAAAAAAGUUAAAUCCACCUACAUUGAUAUCGGCAAAGCAGCUGAAGAGAAAAGGGCAGACAGAGGGUGAAAGAAUGUUUGGGGGGGUUUAGUGCCUUUUCUGUGAAAUGUCUGCUCUGGCAUCCUUUUCCAGAAAAGUCCAAAUUUUCAUUCAAAAUCACCUCAGUCUGUGAUAUAUGAUAUAUCCGUGUCUUUGGUCCGGAAUAAACGUGUCAGUCCAAUUGUCACAGAACAAUUUACUAAUCAUGGAUGUGAUUUGAAGAAGGGGAUAAAUAAGCUUUGAUUCUUCCUACUCCUUUUUGGACAUGUUCAACCGUAAACAAGAUGGCUUAUUUUUCCUAUGCAACUUUAUAAUCAUGCUGGAAAUAUACUAUUACUACUACAGUACUAAUAUUACUGUUGCUACUAUUAUUAAGACAACUGCUGCUAUCAUUACUAUUACUCCUACAUAGAUGGAUAGAUAGUACUUUAUUUAUUCCUAUUAAUACUACUAAUAUUAAUACUAACAAGACUACUACUGCAGCUACUAAUAAUAAUAAUACUACCACUAAUGCCAGGCUGUACAUUAGUUACCUUUUUUCAAAGUUUUUUCCGUAUUUUGCAGACUAUAGAGUGCACCGGGUUAUAAACCACACCCACUAAAUCUUAGAAGAAAAAAGUAUUUUGCCAUAUAUUAGCCGCACCUGACUAUAAGCUGCAGAUAUAUAUGUUGUGAAAUGAUUUAUUUACACUGUAAGAUUCUGUAAAUGUUUAUUUACAUACCUUAAUUUUUUCCAAACGGUGUCUGUAACACGGCAGUAAAACGGCUGAUCAAACAAAACAGAAGUCAUCGUCAUGGACCCACUAGCUGCGCAAGCUAGCUCUCCAAUCAACUAAAUAGAUUCAAUAACUCCACUGUGACGUUUAGGUGAAUUUAUGAAACUAAAACAAUGCAAAAAGAAUGCCAUUGUAAGUUGAUAAUACAAACACAGACACUCGUAAACGUGUUAGCAUAUUAGCUAAUGCCAACGACGCUAGCGUCAGCACGUUACGACAGCACGCACAAAUAUGCAGGAAAACACUCCCACAGACAUCCCACAUCGGACGGUUUAGUAAGAAAGAAUUGUUUGUUGUAUUGUAAAACUUACAAAAAAGUGAUGAAUGAAGAAUCCAUAAACGUUAUGGACGACUCGAAGACGGCGCAUGACGAUUGAAGACUGAGUCCAAACCGAAGGGCAAUGCAGCACCUGCACUGAGUGAACUCGUCCAAAAGAUGGCGUCAUAGCACAAACGAUAACACACAAUUUCAAUGUACUUACUUUUUGUUUUUUUAAACUAUUUGCAAUAAGGCAGUCAGCAAAGAAAAAUCCCCAAAUUCACCGCACCGUUUUAUAAACCGCAGGGUUCAAAGCGUGGGGCAAAAAAGUAGCGACUCAUAGUCUGGAAUUUCAAUACAUAAGACUUGCACGCCUCUUUUUCCCGAGUUAGCUCAGUGCUUCUCAAAUAGUGGGACUACCCCCCUCCCCCAUGACUUGUCAAAAAAGAUUUGAGAGGCACUUUGAUUGAUUGACUAAGACUUUUAUUAGUAGAUUGCACAGUACAGUACAUAUUCCGUACAAUUGACCACUAAAUGGUAACACCCCAAUAAGUUUUUCAACUUGUUAAAGGCGGGGUCCACGUUGAUCAAUUCAUGGUAAUGGCUUGUGUAUUUUAUUUUGAAAGUCAUCCUGCAGUGUGCUGUGCUUGUGAAAAGCAUUGUGACGUGUAUGUGGUCCGAAGGUUGCUGCGUUUCCACGGAGACGAGGUGAACGUUCACCGGCAAUAAGGAAGUGUGUGUGUGUGCACGUGUGUGUUUUGUGAUUAGUAUCCAGGUGGUUGAGCAACACAAAGUUGUGUGUUGACGGUAAAGUUAAGCGCGAUGAAGUCUGAGGUGAAAGUCGAGCUGGUCAAGUUCAUCUUCCUGGUGAUGAACUUCUUCAUCUUGGCUGUGGGCACCAGCGUGGCCGCCUGUGGCGUUUGGAUCCUGUUUGACUCCACAAGCUUCAUCGGCGUCGUUUCUUCUUCCGUGGGGCUGCAGAUGGUGGGGGCGGGGCUGCUGCUGAUCGGCGGCCUGGCGAUGGCGUCCAGCAUGAUGGGGUGUUUGGGAGCGCGCUGGGAAAAGAGACCUCUCCUUCUGGCUUACGUGUGCAUCCUGCUGCUGCUGCUCCUGGGUCAGCUGCUGCUCCUGCUGCUGCUCCUCCUCUACAAGCACUCGAUCGAGGAGCAUGCUGACACGCUGGUGAAUGACAUCAUCCACCAAUAUGACGGCGCCGGUUACCAGGACCGACUACUGGACGACCUGCAGCGCCACGGGGCGUGUUGCGGCCUGACGAGUCCAUCCGAUUGGCUGCAGAAUUCCUUCAUCCAGACGCUCAACGCCAGCGCCACGCACGUGCUUCCUUGUUCCUGUUUCAGCUCGCAUCAGAGCACCUCCCCCUUCCCCUCGCCAUGGUGCACCCGGGUGGACGUCCUGCGGGACUUUGGACUGGGAAACCACACACACACUCAGGGCUGCAGAGGGAAGCUCGGUGAUUGGCUGCAGGAGAACACGGUGACCGUGGUGGCCAUGGACGUCACCCUCAUGCUCACACAGGUCCUGCAGUUGGCGCUGGCGGCCAGUCUGUACCUGGCGUUUGGCCAGAAGACCACCGACGGGAUGGCAGCUAUUGACCCCGCCCACCACAACCUUGAACCCUCCUAGUAGUUUUACACACAGUGCAUAGAAUGCGCUGCAUGUAAAUACAGUACAAGACAUCAAUUUAGAGGAGCAAAUAAAGUGUAAAGGCACGGUUGCGAUUAAUCACAAAAAGCUUUGCAUGGAUCAUGUAUUCACGCAGAUUAAUUUAAAUUUAAACAGCAAGUUAAUGAUGUACAUUCAAACAAAAUACACCAUUUAGAUUUUGUUCAACCUUAAAGUGGUCCUAUUAUAUAUUGUUUUAAAAGUCCCACUAAAAUUAUUGAGGACCCAAAACGGCCUAAAAGUGUUUUCUUUUCUUUACUUUCAAUGCUUAAGUCAAAAAUGUUUUUAAAUAGGUAAAUAAGUCAUAACAUUUAUUUAGGUUUAUUACUGGUUUUGAGCGUUGACCCACUAAAGGUCUCAGGGAUCCAAAAGGGUCCCACUCAUUAAAGUGUGAAAAUAAGUCAUAUAUUAAUAUAUAUUAUUUUUACUUUCAAUGUUUACAUCUUUAGAUCAUCUUCAGGUUCAUCUGAUGAUUAUAAGUUUUUAUUUUUGUUUUAUGCUUUUUGUCCCAAAAAAUAAUUUUUAUGGCAAAUAUACAAAACGUGCAAUUUCCCCCCCCCCCAAAAAUGGCAAAGUGGAAUAUGCGAAGUAAUUGAAACCUUAAAUAGGUCAAUAAUUCAUAUUUGUUUUAAUUCAUUUUAAUUUGUUUAAAACAAAUGAGAUGUAAAAAAGUCCAAAAGGGCUCCACUCAUAAGUAUUAAAAAAGGGUCAUACAUUUUUUUGUUCAACGUUUAACACCUAAGUCUUUAUUUGUUAUUAUAGGUAAAUAAUUCAUAACAUUUAUUUUGGUUUAGUAUUGUUUUUGAGCAACGACAGUUUUAAAAUAAAAAAUCCCUUUUGGGGAUCAAAAAGGGUCCCACUAAUAAAUUAAAAAUAAUUAAGAUUAUUAUCUCAAAAUAAUAACUAUCCAUCCAUCCAUUUUCUACCACUUUUUCCCUUUGGGGUCGCUGGUGCCUAUCUCAGCUACAAUCGGGCGGAAGGCGAGGUACACCCUGGACAAUUCGCCACCUCGUCGCAGUGAUAAUAACUAAUAAUCUCAAAUUCAUUGUUUUAAACAAAUGACAUAAAAAAAAAAAGUCCCACUAGAGAUUUCAAAAGGGCCCCACUCAUAAGUAUUAAAAAUUGGUCAUACAUUUUUUUUGUUCAAUUUGUAACACUUAAGUCUUUAUUUUUAAAUAGGUGAAUAAUUCAUAAAAUUUAUUUUGGUCCAGUUCUGUUUUUGAGCAGACAGUUAAUUAAAAACAAUCCCACUAAUAAAUUAAAAAUAAGUCAUAUUAUUUUUACUUUGAAAGCUUAAAUCUCUAGAUCAACUUCAGAUUAAUCUGUUGAUUCCAAGUAUUUAUUUAGUUUUGUGCUCUUUUUGUCAAAGAAAACCUUAUUUUUUUAUGGCAAAUACACAAAACAUGCAAUACUUCCCCUUAAAAAAUGUCAUAGUGGAAUAUUUAAUGCGAAGUAAUCAAAGCCUUAAAUAAGUCAAUACUUCACUUUUAUUUAUUAUGAUUUUUUUUUAACAAAUUACUUAUUUAAAAAAAAAAAAAGUCCCACUACAGAUUUCCAAAGGGCCCCACUCAUAAGUAUUAAAAAAAAGUCAUAAUUUUUUUGCUCAAUUUUUAACCCCUUUUAUUAUUUUUAAAUAGGUAAUAAGGGUCCCACUAACAAGUAAAAAAUAAGUCAUAUUGUUUUAACUUAAAACGCUUAAAGCUCUAGAUCCACGUCAGAUUCAUUUGUUGAUUAAAAGCGUUUUUUUUUUUGGUGGAUGCCGAUUUUGUUAAAGGAAAAUGUGUUUUUAAUAUGCAAUAUUUUCCCCUAACAAAUAUGUCAAAGUGGAACAUUUGAUGUGAAGUAAUUGGAGCCAUAAAUAGGUCAAUAAUUCAUACCAACAUUGACACUAUUUUUAACAAAUGCUGUUAAAAAAUUCAAACUAAAAUGUUUUAAUUUCCAAGAGCCCUACUCAUAAAUUUGUUAAUGGUCAUACAAUCAUUUAUUUUUUUAAACUUUCAACGCUUGAAUCUAUAUUUUUUUAUUUUUAAUGAGGUAAAUAAUUCACAACAUUGAUUUUUGUUCAUGUUUUUGAGCAAUGACAGUCACACUAAAGGUCUCAGGGAUCUAAAAGUGUUCCACUCAUAAAAUUAUUAAAAAUAAGAUAUAUAUCAAACAUUAUUUUUAUUUUAAGCACUUGAAUCUCUAGAUCAAGUUUAGAUCUAUCUGUUGAUUAUAGGUAUUUAUUUUUUUAUGUUCUAUGGCCUUUUUGUCAUAGAAAACUUUUCCCCUAUAAAAUGUCAGGGGAAUAUUUGAUGUGAAGUAAAAUAAGCCUUAGUUUAAUUCAAAACAUUGAUUUUUAUUAUUAUUUAAUGAAGUUUUUCUUUUUAAAAUGCCUUUUGCCCAAAAAAAAAAACGCAAAAUGUAUGUAAUAUUGCAUUGAUGAAUAUUUGAUGUGAUUUUGAUUCAUUCUUCUUUGAGCAAUGACAGUUUUUAAGUAAAAAAACAGCCUGCAUGGCAACUUUAUUAGAUUCCACAUUACAACUUUUUCUUGUGAAA